GUCCCAAGUCCCAAGAACUGUUUGCCAACAAAGACGAGCGGAGUGCAGGGGGCGGAGCCUCGCACUCAGAAACCGCGAGAAGUGGUCUCCCGAAGAAACCCUCACAGACGCAGGCGCACUGCUGCUCCCGCCCCCCCCCGCCGCAGAGGUGGCACCCGCUGCAGCGGGAGGCGGGGCUGGGCCUCCGGGACAAAGCUCGCGAGAUUUAAUCGCGCGUCACUGCAACCUUUUCCUGUCAGAGGCCGGAAGUGCUGUCUGCGGAGCGCGUUUGGCGCUUGCUCGACUGUGCUGCCGCGCCGCUGGGCCUGGGUUCCUGUCGCGGCUCUUUCGGUCCCGCUUCGUCUCUGCUGCCCUGGACCGAAGUGAUGGGGGACCUCAAGGAGGCCGGAGCCGAGGCUCCGCCGGCCGUGGCCGCUGCUCGGGGAGGGCUCAGUCUCCUGUCCCAGGGAGAGUCCGAGGAACCUUCUGCACAGGGGUCAGCUUUAUUUCUCGGAGGCAAUGAAGUGAAGAGCCGAGCUGUGGUGAAAUACUCUUCUGCCCCUCCUCGAACAGCAUUUGCACGCCUUGAAGAGAAGACAGACUUGAAACUCCCACCUGCCAACUGGUUACGAGAGAGUGCCAAAUUAGGGCCAGCAGGAACAACCAUUCUUGGCAACAGUAAGAAAAGCAAGCCAUUUUCAAGCUUUGGCAUGGCAUAUGACUUUAUUGAUUCAGUGGGAAAUGAUGUGGAUGUUGUUUCUGACUCUGAAAACAUAAAAAAGCUCCUGAAGAUUCCCUACAGCAAGUCCCACGUGAGCAUGGCAGUGCACCGCAUAGGGAGGACUCUCCUGUUAGACGAGCUGGAUAUUCAAGAACUCUUUAUGAGAUCAUCUCAGACUGGUGAUUGGACAUGGUUAAAAGAGUUUUAUCAAAGACUAAUUGAUCAGAAGUGGCAGAGGAAGAAAAAGAGCAAAGAGCACUGGUAUCAGAAGGCUAUUCUUUCCAAGUUUUUAUAUUACAGUAUCAAUGGUGAUGGAGCCGCCCAGCCUGUCCCAUCUGCUGCGGAACAGCAGGAACCAUCCAGUUCACAUCAGACAAGUGGUUCGGAAGGGGCUUCGUGGCCUGCCCCCUUUGAAAUGCCUUCUUCGGUGUCUGAAGAUCCCAGUGCUUCUAGUCAGGGAAGUGAGCCUCUUGAACCCUCAUACAUAGUGGGGCAUGUGGCCUCAGCACCCAAAGAACAAAACCUGACUACUUUAUUCAAUGACGGGGAGAACAGUCAGGGUCUAAAAAAUGAUUUUGUUCGGAACAUUCUAUGGACGUUUGAAGAUAUCCAUAUGCUGGUUGGUUCCAACAUGCCUAUAUUUGGAGGAGGCAGAUAUCCAGCAGUCAGCUUACGUCUCAGGGACAACAACAAACCAAUUAAUGUGCUAACUGGAAUUGACUAUUGGUUGGAUAACUUGAUAUGCAAUGUACCAGAGCUUGUGAUGUGUUUUCAUGUAAACGGAAUUGUACAGAAAUAUGAAAUGAUAAAGACAGAAGAGAUUCCCAAUUUGGAAAAUUCUAAUUUUUCUACUAAAGUCAUAAAAGACAUUGCACAGAAUAUUUUAUCAUUUCUGAAAUCAAAUUGUACCAAAGAAGGACAUACCUAUUGGCUCUUUAAAGCAAGUGGCAGUGAUAUAGUGAAACUCUAUGAUCUCACUACUCUUUGUGAAGAAACUGAAGACAAAUACCAAAAUCCAUUCACAAUGCCAGUGGCCAUUCUUUUAUAUAAGGUUGCUUGCAACAUGAUGAUGAAGAAAAAUCAAAAUAAGAAACACUAUGGGACGAUUAGGACAUUGCUUCUUAAUUGUGUCAAGUUGUUGGACAAAAGCAGGCAUCCUCAAAUUAUUGCUUCAGCCAAUUACAUGCUUUCUGAACUUUUUCAAUUGGAUGAACCUAAAAAGGAAGAAAGUUCAGAAUCUCCUUUAAAUGAGAAUUCUGAUGAAAGUUAUAGUGAAGAGGAGGAAGAGAUGCCAGACAGUGACGAAAAUGGAUCCUAUGGCACCAGUUCUGAUCCGUCAGAUGAUAACAAAGCAGUGGCUAUAAUUAAGUCUGUUGGAGAAUUGUCAGUACCAGAAAAAUACAAAUCUAUUCAUCAAAUCAGACCCAGUUGUGCAUUUCCAGUUUGCCAUGACACAGAAGAGCGCUGUAGACUUGUACUUAGCUAUGUUCUGGAGGGUUUAAAAUCUGUAGAUAGCAGCAUCAAAAAAGAAAGUGACCUUCCGGCAGCUGACCCCAGCACUCCAAUCCCAUUAAAAUAUGAAGACGAAUCCACAAGGGGGGGUCCCGAGGGGCUAGAGAAGCAGAUGGCCUUGUUUUUGGACAAAAUGGGCUCCCUUCAGAAGGGUAAUUACUCCAGUCAAUCUGGAAUGAUCCCUGGUUCUUGGCAACAUAAAAUGAAGCUUCAGCUGAUCCUCAAGUCAUCAAAGGCCUAUUACGUUUUGUCUGAUGCUGCCAUGAGUCUUCAGAAGUAUGGAAGAGCAUUACGAUACAUUAAGUUAGCUUUGCAGAGCCACGACACAUAUUGCUGCCUUUGCACCAAUAUGCUUUCUGAAGUGCUGCUGUUUCUUUCUCAAUAUUUGACACUUUGUGGUGAUAUCCAACUAAUGCUGGCCCAAAAUGCAAAUAAUAGAGCAGCACACCUAGAAGAGUUUAAUUACCAAACAAAAGAAGAUCAGGAGAUAUUACACAGUCUUCACAGAGAGUCCAGUUGUCAAGGAUUUGCAUGGGCAACUGAUUUGUCUACAGACUUAGAAAGUCAACUUUCUGUUAGCUGUAAAUGUUAUGAGGCUGCUAAUGAAAUCUUGCAAUUUAGUGACUUAAAAAGCCAGAAUCCAGAACACUAUGUCCAAGUAAUGAAGAGAAUGGGUAACAUUAGAAAUGAGAUCGGUGUGUUUUAUAUGAAUCAGGCGGCUGCAUUACAGAGCGAGAGAGUAGUGAGUAAGUUCGUGUCUGCCGCAGAGCAACAGUUAUGGAAAAAGGAGCUUUUCUGUUUCGAAAAGGAUCACAACUUUGAGUCAAUUGAGGACGCUACAAAUGCUGCUCUUUUGUUAUGUAACACGGGAAGGCUCAUGAGAAUCUGUGCACAGGCACAUUGUGGUGCCAGUGAUGAAUUCAAACGUGAAUUUACAGAAGAAGGCUUGUAUUACUCGCAGGCUGUCGAUUACUAUUUGAAAGCUCUGAGAUCACUGGGAACACGAGAUAUACACCCAGCUGUUUGGGAUUCGGUGAAUUGGGAAUUGUCCACUACUUAUUUUACCAUGGCAACUCUACAGCAAGAUUAUGCACCAUUAUCUAGAAAAGCUCAGGAGCAGAUUGAAAAAGAAGUCAGUGAAGCUAUGAUGAAGUCCCUGAAAUACUGCGACGUUGAUUCGGUGUCUGCGCGACAGCCUCUCUGUCAGUACCGGGCUGCAACCAUCCACCACAGGCUGGCGUCCAUGUACCACAGCUGUCUGCGGAAUCAGGUUGGUGAUGAACACCUUAGGAAGCAGCACCGGGUGCUGGCAGAUCUCCAUUACAGCAAAGCUGUAACGCUUUUUCAGCUUCUGAAAGAUGCUCCCUGUGAACUACUUAGAGUGCAGUUAGAAAGAGUAGCAUUUGCAGAAUUUCAGAUGACCAGUCAAAAUAGCAAUGUUGGGAAAUUGAAAACACUGUCUGGGGCUCUUGAUAUAAUGGUGAGAACUGAGCACUCAUUCCAGCUCAUCCGGAAGGAUCUUGUAGAGGAAUUUGACCAGCCUAAGAGUGGUGAGAGUGCUCCAGCUGCCGAUUCUUCUCCUAGUCUUAAUCAAGAAGAAGUGAUAAAACUGCUCAGUAUAUUUGAAUCUCGGUUGUUGUUUCUUCUCCUUCAGUCCAUCAAACUGCUGUCUUCUACGAAAAAGAAAACAAGCAGUAACAUUGAAGAAGAUGCAGUCCUCAAAACCAACAAGCAAGUUUACUCCCAGCUUUUGAGAGCUACCGCAAACAAAAAUGCAACUCUUCUGGAGAGAACCGAGGUUAUCAUCCACCUGCUGGGCCAGCUUGCCCGCGGGGACAGCGGGGCGGGCAGCAGCGCCGUUCAGUGACCGAGCACGGGGCUGCCGCGGACUCGCUGUCAGUGCCUUCCGAACACAGGAGCUGGUUUGUCCAUUCGGUGCUUCAUUCAUUAAAUGUGAGGGAAAUAUCCAUUUAAACAGGUACAACAGUGAAAACACAGAGUUAUCAUUUCCUACAACAGAAGAAUUAUGGCUGAGUUUGUCUUCAUUUGAAGUGCUAAACUCAAAAUCCAACUUAAAGCUUCCAGCAUUUAUUUAUUUGAGAAGUACAUAGUACCUCAAUAUUAAUAGACUUGCUGUGAUGCAAUUACACUUUUAAAUAUUUUUGAAGUAUGUUAAGCUACAUGAGUUUGAGGUAUGAUUAUUUUGGAUAAGAUGUUACUUUGGUCAAGAGAACUUUUAUCCAAAUGAUUUUACAGGUUCAAGUGGGUUAAAGAAACUUCUGUAUAUCUAUGAUGUUUUCUUCUAAGUUGCACAGAAAGAAAGUGUGCCCUUAAGCUUCGGUGCAGGAGUUUUCAAAGACAAGCUGUUGUGCAAUUCACUGUAUUUAAUGCAUGUUCUGAGGGGAUUCACUUUCCUUUGACUUUAUAUGAUGAUCAGGAAUAGGUACUACCCUUUUUUUAAUUUUAAACUUGAAACUGUGAAUAAGGUAAGAAAACUAUUUUGAAUAAAUUAUUUAUUUAAAAUGUC